AAUGUGUCGACUGCUCCUUUGCCGUCCAACGCACACCUGCCCUUCUCAGACAAAAAACGACCUGACCACCGUUAGCACACUAUCCACUUUUAGCAACUCGUCGAUCAAGCCUGGCCAUUGCGAUCGAUCACGACGAGGGCGUUGGAAUGAGGGGCGGAGGAGGGGCCGGCGAUAAGCAGCCGGCCAACGGCAUGCAUGGCGGCGCCGGCGGUGCCUCAGCCGGCAAGCCCAGGUCUUAUUUCCUCUACGGCAUCCUCCUCUACGCCGUCCUACCCGUGUUGUUCCUGUACAUGGUCGUCGCCGCGAUCUCGCCUAUCUACAACCCGCGGUGCUCGCCGGAGGGCGCCGGCGCCAUGGUGCAUUUCGUGGUGGCCAACCCGAAUGCGUCCUCGUCAAACACUUCGAUGAGGCCGCCGAUGGUGUCGGCGGACGAUGCGCCCACCGGGCUGCGGCACAUCGUGUUUGGCAUCGGCGCCUCGUCGGCGCUGUGGGAGAGCCGUAAGGAGUACAUCAAGCUGUGGUGGCGGCCGGGGAGGAUGCGAGGUUUCGUGUGGAUGGACAAGCCCGUGGAGGAGUUCUACUCCAAGAGCUCGCGCACGGGGCUCCCGGCGAUCAUGGUGAGCUCGGACACGUCCAAGUUCCCGUACACGCACGGGGCCGGCAGCCGGUCGGCGCUGCGGAUCUCCCGCAUCGUCUCCGAGAGCUACCGCCUGGGCCUCCCGGGGGUCCGGUGGUUCGUGAUGGGCGACGACGACACGGUGUUCCUCCCGGAGAACCUGGUGCACGUGCUGUCCCGGUACGACCACACGCAGCCGUACUACAUCGGGUCGCCGUCGGAGAGCCACAUCCAGAACCUCAUCUUCUCCUACGGCAUGGCGUUCGGCGGCGGCGGGUUCGCCAUCAGCCGCGCGCUGGCGGAGGAGCUGGCCAAGAUGCAGGACGGGUGCCUGCACCGGUACCCGGCGCUGUACGGCAGCGACGACCGCAUCCACGCGUGCAUGUCGGAGCUUGGCGUGCCCCUGACGCGCCACCCGGGGUUCCACCAGUGCGACCUGUGGGGCGACGUGCUGGGCCUCCUGGGCGCGCACCCCGUGGCGCCGCUGGUGACGCUGCACCACCUCGACUUCCUGGAGCCGGUGUUCCCGACGACGCCGUCGCGGGCCGGGGCGCUGCGGAAGCUGUACGACGGGCCCGUGCAGCUCGACUCGGCGGCGGUGGCCCAGCAGUCGGUGUGCUACGACGGGGAGCACCAGUGGACGGUGUCGGUGUCGUGGGGGUUCGCGGUGAUGGUGGUGCGCGGGGUGCUGUCGCCGCGGGAGAUGGAGAUACCGGUGCGGUCGUUCCUCAACUGGUACCGGCGCGCCGACUACACGGCCUACUCCUUCAACACGCGGCCCGUGGCGCGGCAGCCGUGCCAGAAGCCCAACGUGUACUACAUGCGCGACUCGCGGAUGGACCGCCGCCGGAACGUGACGGUGACGGAGUACGAGCGGCACCGCGUGAAGCCGCCGCCCUGCCGGUGGCGCAUCGCCGACCCGGCCGCGCUCCUCGACCACAUCGUCGUCCUCAAGAAGCCCGACCCCGAUCUCUGGAAAAGGUCGCCGAGGAGAAAUUGCUGCAAGGUGCUGUCGUCGCCGAAGAAGGGGGAAAACCGGUCGAUGACGAUCAACGUCGGGGUGUGCAGAGAAGGCGAGUUCGCCAAGAUUUAACUGACUGGCCGGGAUUGGGUUGGUGCUCUGCUCAGCUUAGUUAGUUUCAUUCAUAUCCUGCACGUGCGUACGUACCUUGUUGACCUUUGGCCAUGUUGCUUGUGCAUGCAGUGGGACUGGUUAAAUAGGGGAGGAGGCGAGGUGAUAGCGGCGGCGGAAUAGGUCCCGGCCGGAGCGGGAAACGAAGGCCCAGCCAAGAUUGUUACUCACAGGACGGGACAAAAGUAGCCCGUUAAUUAGCCUUAGCUGAUCGAUCGAUCGAUCGCUCGGGGUGCUGAACUGCUGACUAGUAGUAGCACACCGCGACGGCGCGUACAUGAAAUGUGAGGAUGAUAUGCGACGGCGUCUGUGUAGAAAUAGGAAGUGGCGGGAGAUUCCUUUGUGCUUUUGGUGUAAGCUAUGUUCCAUCGUGCAGAGGAGCACGGCCGGCUUGAAUUAGCAGAAACAAUUGUGUUUAAUUGUUGAUUGAGGAAAACAAAAGGACUUGGAUAAUACCAGCAUCUACAGCCGGACACCUCAAACCAAUCUCACCCGGACUCACCCGGACUCAUCCGGACGCCUCAAACAAA